UGAAAAACCAAUGUACCAGUUACCCUUUUUUAUCACAAAACUCAGGAAUUCUUCAAGUUGUGAUUAUCUUCAACCCGUCCGUUGGCGAAUCUGCUCCUCUACUCUGAUCGAAAUGGCUUCUUCUUCUCCAACUCAGCGUACUCACGUCCCAAUUCCUCCCGACCCACCACCACCAGGAGGAGGUAGGUCACUGACACAAGAAGCCAAUGAGCCACCAGUGCCCAUAUCAGUUUCCUCUCCGAGUGGGAAACGAACCAGAGAUCCAGAAGACGAGGUCUACCUCGAUAACCUUCGCUCCCAGAAACGUUAUCUUAGCGAGAUAAUGGCUUGCAGUUUAAACGGACUAACAGUCGGGGACUCACUUCCUGUCAAUAUGUUAGAGUCUCCAGCUCGGUCUGAGAGCUUUCUUUAUCACAGAGAUGAUUUACCAUUACAAUACUCUCCCAUGUCGGAAGACUCAGACGAAGCAAGAUUCUGCGAGGACCCAACAACAACAACAACAAGCACUUGCUCAUCGCAACCCGAGAGCCGCCCAACGAGUCCAGUUUCACCAUAUCGAUACCAAAGACCUCUUUCUUCAACAAACUCACCACUCCUGUCAUCGUCAACAAUCCCACUCCAUUCACAUACAUGUCCUACCUCCAUGAGCUCCAAUGCAACAACAACAACCACUACUACUACUACUACUCCACAGUCUCGCCAUAGAGGAUCAGACACAGAAGGAAGGUUUCCAUCAUCGCCCAGCGAUAUCUGCCAUUCAGGUGACUUGAGGAGAACCGCUCUACUCAGGUCUGUUCAAAUGAGGACACAACCAUGUGGCUAUACUUCAAGUUCAGGGACAAACAAUAUUGACGUUGAAGAGAGAAUGUGUUCUAAGUCUAUGGAAGAAGAUAGAGGCUAUAAUAGAGGGGAAGAUAUAUCUUACACUGAAGUCUCUAGCAAGAGCAAGUCUUGUAAAGCAUUGGACAUGAGACUUUGUGAAAAGUGAUCAAAGAGGCGAACGAAUAGCCAGCCCUUUUCCAUUAACAAUACUAAAUUGUUGAUUAUUAUUUCUGUGUGCAACUAAUUUUUAAUUAUUCAAAGUAAUUAAUACUAUGUGUUAAAAGUU